AUGCACAGUUCCACGGUUAUCGCGUUUCUGGCAUGUACUGCUUUGCCCAUUGUUGCUGCUGAGCAGCCACAGCCUGCGCGAUCAACAGUGGUCAGAAGGGCGAAUGCGUGGCUACUGCUGCCUGCAGAAGCGCAGGUGGCAAGUCCGAGGCAGGACACUGUCCAGGCGCAUGCUGCACAUAUGGCACUUGUAACACUGGCGGGAACGCGGGGCUUUGCCAGCCAAGUACAACGUGCACUGGCACGAGGUACGUCCUAUAUUGACUAUCAGAAGCGUUGCUCAUAUGACGUGUCUGACAAAUUCUACCACAGCACACCAGGCCUGUGCCCCGGCGCCGCCAACAUACAAUGCUGCACCUCUUCCAGCCCAGGAGGGGCCAGCUGUGGUCCCCCUGACGUGAACGCCGCAACCGUAGCCCUGAUUAAGGAAUUCGAAGGUUUCGUCAAAUCGCCGGCACCCGACCCUAUCGGACUACCAACAGUCGGGUACGGGCACCUAUGCAAGACGAAUGGAUGCUCAGAAGUGCCCUACCCAUUCCCAUUGAGCGAAGCGCAAGCCGCGGCGCUUCUGCAGACAGACUUGAAAAGCUACGAGAAGUGUCUCGCGGACAAGGUCUCCGAUUCCGUCAAACUCAGCGAUAACCAGUACGGGGCGCUUGUCUCAUGGACGUUCAACGUCGGUUGUGGAAAUAUGGGUGGCUCAACACUCGUAACACGCCUCAACAACGGAGAGAGCCCAAAUACGGUUGCGGCACAGGAGUUGCCGAAGUGGAACAAGGCAGGUGGGAGUGCUUUGGCUGGUUUGACGAGACGCAGAGCUGCCGAGGUUCAGUUGUUCCAGACGGCGAGUGGAACGCAAGCGUUGCCAGCGAAGUGCUGA